AUGAGUAGGUCAACUAAACAGCAUCGAUCGUCGGAAGAUGUCAAGCCUCACGCUGGGGUCCAACACUUGGAGAAAAAGAUUAUGACACCUGAAGAGAGACAAGCCGCCUUAACAUCAGCGCUUGCUGUUGAUCCUGGCGUAAAGCCUGGGUCCCGACGCGCUUUCCAACUAUACUUGAUCGUACUGUGUGCCUGUUGCUGCUCUGGUGAUAGUGGGUUCGACGGAACGGUUAUGGGUGGGAUCAAUGCCAUGACGCAAUACUUACACUAUUUCGGAAUGAGCAGUGCUGGCGCUAAAACGAGCAUUGUCUUUGGUAUUUUCACCAUUGGGUCACUUGUUGGUGCUCUUCCUGCUUCAUAUCUACCUGAUCGAUUCGGACGGCGGGUUUCCAUGUUUACAGGGAAUUCUAUUCUAGUCAUUGGCGCCACUGUAACUGCAACCGCUAAAAAUCGUAGUACCUUCAUUGGCGGACGUUUUUUGACUGGUCUUGGGUCUGCCCUCGCAGGAGCAUCUGCCAAAUCCUACCUUGCUGAACUCACGCCCCCUCAAUCGAGAGGAUUGUUCCUUGGCAUUUUGAAUUCCUUCUAUUAUGUGGGACAAAUGACUGCGACUGGAAUGAUGGUUUCCACAGGAAAAUUUUCUUCCAACUGGUCGUGGCGCCUUCCCCUAUUCAUUCAGAUUGUUCCAGCCAGCCUGAACAUAAUUUUUGUGUUCCUUUGUCCUGAAUCACCUAGGUGGCUCUACUCAGUGGGGAAGGUUGAUCAAGCUCGGGGUAUUUUAGCCAAGUUGCACUCGAGCACAGGUGAUCUCCAUUCCCCUCUAAUUGACCUGGAGAUGGCCGAGAUUGACGAGAAGAUUACGAUCGGUGGAAGCGACAAACGGUGGUGGGAUUUCAGACCUCUUUUUCGCACUCGAGUGGAUCGUUACCGAGCAUGGAUGGUCAUUCUUAUGGGCGCAUUCGGCCAGCUGUCAGGGAAUGGUCUCAUCACCUAUUUCCUUCCCGUGUUGCUCAGGAAUGCUGGCAUCACAUCUCAGAACAAGCAACUCACGCUUAACUUCGUCAACUCCGUCACUUCAUUCCUUGGUGCUCUCGCUGGCUCCGCAUCCGUCGAUCACAUCGGCAGACGAAGACUCCUCCUCGUAUCAACUGGACUACUGGUAGUGACCCUGUCCAUUGUCACAGGUCUUCUAAGUAGCACCGGAAGUGCCGCAUGCUCUAAUGCGGGCAUCUCGUUUAUAUACCUCUUCAUGGUCAUCUUCAGUUUUGGAUGGACACCAAUGCAAGCUCUGUAUGGUACAGAAGUUCUGAGUUACGAAGCUCGAGCCAAAGGUCUAGCCUUCCAGAAUAUCGUAACUCAAGCAGCCUCUUGUAUCAACACGUUUGCCCUUCCAAUUGCGCUGGACAAGAUCAAUUGGAAAGUCUACAUCAUCUUUCUGGUGUGGGAUGCGUUCGAAUUCGUUGUGAUCUAUUUCACAUUCGUUGAAACGAAAGGACUUACUUUGGAAGAGAUCGACGAGAUAUUCCACCAACCUAACCCCAGGAAAUAUUCUACCUCACAUAAGUUCAGGGCCUCGCCCAUCCGUGAAAAUGCAGACGUUUAA